AUGUCACUCCCUGAAAGACCUGGGCCAAGCCCUCCUUUCGAGAAUAGUAGAUCCUACCGGAAUUCACCGUCACGGCGCAACCGCCCUGGCGAUGUCGAGACCGGUGGCUACUAUCCCGUAGGAGGGCGACCUUCCCAUCAAAGAGGACUUUCUGCGGGUGGGCAUUCAGCGACGUCCUUCCCCGAGACGAUCUCAACUCCUAAUGUCAACACAGAAAGCCAGCCCUUGUCGCCUACCUUUGAAGGAUCAGCCGCAGGACCGUCCUCCCCCGAACCGUUCCAGCGAAAGAGAAGCUUGAUCCGACCCGAGAGACACAGAAUCGACAAGGACCAUCCGAACUACUACUACAGGAAACAUGCCGCCAACAUGAACGUGUUGCCGUCCGCGACCGGAAACGACCCGAUUACCGAGGACAUGGAAGGGACAACUGACGUUUCAGGGCGCUCGCAGACGAACGAUAACUACUCCGAUGCCUCGCCGCCGAGAGGGCAAAACAGCAGGCAGGCCAGCUUGGAGGAGAAGAAGGGAGGCCCGACUCGGACGAAGGAGAAGCGCUUGAGCCGGCACAAGUCUGGCAAGCUCACUAAGGAAGGGAAGAAGCGCAAGCACCCGGCCGAGCAGCUUAGCCCGCCGAGUUUCUGGAACGUGUACUGCGCCAUCAUCACUUUCUGGUGCCCAAACUUCAUGUUGAAGUGUUGCGGCAUGCCUUCCAAGAACCAGCAGCGCGCCUGGAGAGAGAAGGUCGGCCUGAUCAGUUUGAUCUUGCUCAUCAUGGGAUUCGUCGGUUUCUUGACCUUUGGCUUUAACCAAGCUGUUUGUGGAACUCCUCCGCCGCGCCUGCGCGUCAACGAGGUGUCUGAGGGAUACAUGAUUUUCCACGGAACCGCCUACGACCUGUCGGGCUCCCGUCAUCCUCCCGCCGACGGCGUGCCCAUGGUCAACAGAACUCACGGCGCCAACGUCCUGUACGACCUGCCUACCAAGUAUACGGGAAUGGACGGCAGUUUCUUCUUCCAGAACGUCAACGGCCGCUGCAAGAACCUCAUCACUCUUGCUGACAACUCUGAUGUCCCCACAAACAGCGCCGGCGAUUUGGCGUGGUAUUUCCCCUGCACGGCUUUCAACCAGGACGGAUCGUCCAAGCCAAACCUGACGAUCCCUUACUACCUCGGAUGGGCUUGCCACACCACUCAGAAGGCUCGCGACACCUUUUACCUUGACUUGAGCGGGUCUGCUGACGUCUACUUCACUUGGAACGACAUCAAGAACAGCUCUCGCAACCUGAUUGUCUACUCUGGCAACGUUCUCGACCUGGACAUGCUCAACUGGUUCAACAGUUCUCAGGUCAAGGUGCCUUCGCGUUUCGACGAGCUCAAGGACAAGACCUCAGCUGUCAAUCAGGCCAUCCGCGGACGCGAUGUCACCAGAGCUUUCCAGUCUUCGACCGACAAGCAGAUUGCUGAGUGUUUCGAGGAGAUCAUCAAGGUCGGCUCGGUCGACACUGAGACUGUCGGUUGCAUUGCGUCCAAGGUCGUCCUCUACUGUUCGCUUGUCCUCAUUCUGGCAGUCGUCUUGACGAGGUUCUUCCUCGCCAUCUUCUUCCAGUGGUUCAUCAGCCGAACGUACGCUGCGGCCAAAACCUCUCAGACCGGCGACAAGCGCAAGCGUAACCGUCAGAUCGAAGAUUGGUCCGAGGAUAUCUACCGGGCGCCCCCCAGACUGCCUGGCGAUGUUGGAAGUAGUGUUAACGGCUCUUCUGACCGCACUAGCAAGCGUGGCAGCUCAUUCCUUCCCACUACUUCCCGGUUCUCUGCCGUUUAUGGAGCGGGUGCAGUCCCGGCUGGCGGAAAGCGUGCGCCGUUGACCAUGGCCAGCUCCGGAGCGGGCGGCAAUAUGCUGCAUCCAGGCAACACUAUGUACCGCCAGGGCAAUGACAGCCGUACCAGUUUCCUUCGCUCAGAUCCUUACACCUCUACUGCAAGCCCGACUGAUGGCCCCGGGCCCGCGGGCUUCAUCCACGAGGCCGUUGUCCCUCAGCCUCCCGCUGACUGGAUGCCCUUUGGAUUCCCUCUGGCUCAUACGAUGUGCUUGGUUACGGCCUAUUCUGAGGGUCUGCUUGGUCUCCGCACAACCCUGGACUCCAUCGCAAUGACCGACUAUCCCAACAGCCACAAGGUCAUUGUCAUUAUUUGCGACGGUAUUAUCAAGGGCAAGGGUGAAACGAAGUCCACUCCUGACUACUGCUUGGACAUGAUGAAGGACCACACGAUCCUCCCUGAUGAGGUUGAGCCCUUCUCAUACGUGGCGGUAGCCAGCGGUUCGAAGCGACACAACAUGGCCAAGGUCUACUCGGGUUUCUACGACUACGGCACCAAGUCUGCCAUCCCUCUCGAGAAGCAGCAGAGAGUUCCUGUCCUCCUCGUUGUCAAGUGCGGUACCCCUGAUGAGGCUUCCAAGUCCAAGCCCGGCAACCGUGGCAAGCGUGACAGUCAGAUCAUUCUCAUGUCUUUCCUCCAAAAGGUCAUGUUUGACGAGCGUAUGACCGAGCUUGAGUACGAAAUGUUCAACGGUCUCUGGAAGGUCACGGGUAUCUCCCCCGACUUCUAUGAGAUAGUACUCAUGGUCGACGCCGAUACCAAGGUCUUCCCCGACAGUCUGACUCACAUGGUAUCUGCCAUGGUCAAGGAUCCCGAGAUCAUGGGUCUUUGCGGAGAAACGAAGAUCGCCAACAAGCGCGACUCCUGGGUCACUGCCAUUCAGGUCUUUGAGUACUUCAUCUCCCAUCACUUGGCCAAGUCUUUCGAGUCUGUCUUUGGUGGUGUCACCUGUUUGCCCGGUUGUUUCUGCAUGUACCGCAUCAAGGCACCCAAGGGAGCUCAGGACUACUGGGUUCCUAUCUUGGCCAACCCUGACAUUGUUGAGCACUACUCCGAGAACGUCGUCGACACCUUGCAUAAGAAGAACCUCCUGUUGCUCGGUGAGGAUCGAUACCUUACGACGCUGAUGCUCAGGACCUUCCCCAAGCGAAAGCAGGUCUUUGUGCCUCAGGCUGUCUGCAAAACCACGGUUCCUGAUGAGUUUGGCGUCCUGCUUUCUCAACGUCGUCGCUGGAUUAACUCGACUAUCCACAACUUGAUGGAGCUGGUCUUGGUCCGUGAUCUUUGCGGUACCUUCUGCUUCAGUAUGCAGUUUGUCGUCUUUAUCGAACUGAUGGGAACGCUCGUGUUGCCUGCUGCUAUCGCCUUCACCUUCUACGUCGUCAUCAUCUCCAUUGUCAACCAACCGCCACAAAUCAUCCCCCUUGUCCUGCUUGCACUCAUUCUUGGUCUGCCAGCCGUUCUGAUCGUUAUCACCGCUCACUCCUGGUCGUACGUCUUGUGGAUGCUUAUUUACCUGCUCUCUCUGCCUGUUUGGAACUUUAUCCUGCCCACGUACGCCUUCUGGAAGUUUGACGACUUCUCUUGGGGUGAUACCAGAAAGACGGCGGGCGAGAAGACGAAGAAGGCCGGUCUCGAGUACGAGGGAGAAUUCGAUAGCAGCAAGAUCACCAUGAAGAGAUGGGCCGAGUUCGAGCGCGAGCGUCGGACACGCAGCAACUACUGGGGAUCCAAGGAGAACGUCGUCGGAGGCGGCAACACCUGGUCGAUGCCUCCCGGCCACCAGUACAAUGACGAGUACUACCACUCUGACGCAUAA